ACACAGGUCAAGCAAAGAGAGGAACGAGAGUAUCCCAUCGUGUUCUUCUCCUUCUGAAUUUCUCACUCACAUCCCAAGCACUUUCUGUGGAAAUCGGAGGUUGCUGUAGUAACUGCAUAGAAUCAGAACGGAACUUCCUGGUCAGUAAGACUGCCUUGCACUCAGAGAGCAUGUCAGCUCUUGCUGUGGAGGAAUGAAAUGAGUGCAGUCUAGGCGUAAGAGCAGUAUGGAUUCACCAGUCAGAGCGUUGGGUCUCUACACGUUAGGAGCUGCGCUAUAUGAAUGGACACACAUCGCAAAAACAGCAUGAGUCUGAAAAAGAGACUGUCGUUUAAAAGGGUCUGUUACUUUCAUACGUCUGCAGCUGUCUCCGAUGGUGAGCUGAACAGUGUGGACCUGAAAGGCUGCGGCAGUGAUAACAGUCUGAACAGCAAUGCCAGCCUACCUAGCGUGCAGUGCCAUAGACGCCACACUGAACGGCGCGUUGCAUCAUGGGCCGUCUGCUUCGAGCGGCUGCUACAGGAUCCCGUCGGUGUCCGAUACUUCUCGGAGUUUCUGAAGAAGGAAUUCAGUGAGGAGAAUAUUUUAUUUUGGCAAGCGUGUGAAUAUUUCAGUCAUGUUCCUGAAACAGACAAGAAACAGCUGUCCCAGAGGGCCCGAGAGAUCUACAACAGCUUCCUGUCGAGUAAGGCCACCACACCCGUCAACAUUGAUAGUCAGGCUCAGCUGGCUGAUGACAUCCUCAACGCUCCGAGGCCAGACAUGUUCAAAGAGCAGCAGCUACAGAUCUUUAACCUGAUGAAGUUUGACAGUUACACUCGCUUCCUAAAGUCCUACCUGUAUCAAGAAUGUAUGCUUGCAGAGGUGGAGGGCCGUCCUCUUCCAGACCCCUACCAGGUCCCCAGUAGUCCCACGUCCAAACACAGCACAAGCUCUGACCGCUCCAACCUCUCUACACCUAAAAAGGAUGACAAAAAGAGUAAAUCGGGAAGGUCACUAAAUGAAGACAGCAGAGAUGAACAUAGCGAUAAAAAGAAAAGUGUUUUCUUCUCCUGGUCCAGAAAUAGAAGUUUCGGAAAAGGAUCUAAGAAGAAGGACCUUGGAGACUACAGCUUUACUGGUAAUAACGGACGGAGAGAAUCACAGGGCUCUUUGUCGUCUGGUGCGAGUUUGGAACUCGCAACCUCUGGGUCUGGAAAAAACGAGGCUGAGGUGUCGCGUAACUCCAUGUCGUUGUCUGAGCGUGCCGUGCGUCACUGUAACAUUAACCUUCCGGAUGGUUCAUGCAGCUCAGUACCCAUCAGGCCUGGCGUCUCCAUCAGAGAGCUGCUCUUAGGCUUGUGUGAGAAGCUCGGCAUUAAUCUGGCUGCUGUGGAUCUGUUCUUAGUAGGAGGAGAAAAGCCUUUAGUGUUGGACCAGGACUGCAUGACACUGUGCUCCAGAGAUCUGCGGCUGGAGAAACGCACGCUAUUCCGACUGGAUCUGGUGCCUAUAAACCGUUCUGUUGGGCUGAAAGCAAAACCCACCAAGCCAGUUACAGAAGUGCUGAGGCCGGUGGUGGCCAAAUAUGGCCUGAACUUAGGAGACCUGGUGGCCAGGAUAAGUGGAGAGAAAGAGCCGCUGGAUCUUGGUCUUCCUAUAUCUAAUCUAGAUGGACUGAGGGUGGUCCUGGAAGCAGGAGAACACGUUCCAGGAAAAGACAAACAAAAGCUGGUCUCAUCUAAAAGUCUUGGUCCACCUCUGUCUACGCGAAGCCAGUCUGCCACAGGGGAGGACAAAGCGGCAGGAAAGGCUUCGGCUGUGAAAACCAGGGCCCAGGUGGAAAAUCGCAAACAGAAAAAGCUUAAUAUAGAUGAAGCUGAAGAAUUCUUCGAGCUCAUAUCCAAAGCACAGAGCAACAGAGCUGACGACCAGCGGGGUUUGCUGAACAAAUCCAACCUUGUCCUUCCGGAGUUCCUGCGCCUCGACACGGAAGCAGACAGCAACAACCUCAGCUCCACCCCAGUCUCCCACAAGAACCGGCCCCGAUCCAAGGAGAACGGCUCCGCACUCAGUGCCAGCCACCAAUCGCAGAGCUUAGAUUCAACUGUGGAUGGCACAGCACCUAGACGCGCUCUGCUUCCUUCCAAUAACGCUCUCAGAAACACAGCAGGCCGAAAUCCACCACCAUUUAGUUCCUCACUAUCCCCAGUACCACACUUGCAAAGAGGGGGCUCGUCCGGGAUCACAGACUGGAGGAGUGACGGAGGGGUCCAGGCACUGGAGGAAGAGGAGAGCAGCACGGACCUGACAUUUGUCGCAGAAGGCGACAUCACAAGCCCUAACAGCUCUCUCCUUCACCAUUCCCCUAUGCCUCUCCUUCCCUCCCCAGACCGACUGCACCUCCUGAGGGAGGACACUUUCCAGGACAGCUGGGCUCGAUCAGGUACCUCUCCUGUGUGAACAAACUACGCUCGCAUGUGUUAUCCUCACCUCUCUCUGGUCCCUCCUGAAGAUGUGUGUGAUUUCUGAGUGCUGUGGAUUUGCUGUGUUCCUCAUCGUAAGCCCUAUGCCAAACCCUGGCAAAACCACCUCCUUCCCAUGUACAUUUGACACCCUUUAAGCACUUUAAUGAAGAAUCGAAAAAGAGACUUCUACCUACAAUGCAUUUGACAGUUUAUUUUCCCCUGAAAGUAUUUUAAAACAACUAGCCACACACAAUCUUGACAAUCAUUGACUUUACCCAGCUUUUAUUCCACUGAGAGAAACAAUAGAAUUACUGUAGCCAGUCGGACUGAUUUGAGGUUAGUAGUGAACUGUCUUCCUUGCUUUCUGCAUAAAUCUGCCCUCUGGCUGAUCACAUGAUGGCCUUAACAGGAGCCACGACUGACUGAACUAAACAUGUGAUAGUUCAUCGAUGUUAAAUAUAAACUACACACCAGACGUGGAGUGUUUGAAGUGACAAACACCCUCGUUUAUGCAUGAAUAUAUUUAUCUGUUCAAAAGAGUUGUUCAAAUGAUGUGAAUACACAAAAUGGACUAAAACAUAAACGGCCUCGAUCAGUUUUAGUACGACAAAGGCCUCACCUUACCUCUCAAUGGUUAACAGUAGCGUGCCUUCCAUGAACCUAUCCAUGAAACCUAAAUAUCGACAAAGAGUCUUCAGUAACUUCUCAUGACCUCACGUUUCUAUAUUUCAAUCUUAAAUUGAGACCUCAGAGCUUUUAUUUUUUAAUUUUUCCAUCGUAUUCUUACAUAAACGCAAUUCAACAAUGUGUAGUUACACAGAUCGCUUCCUGUUUAUCAUCAUGACAUCACUUCCAUGUUUUUUUUUAAGCUACGGUAUCAUAUGUUACUUAUGUAAUUGUGUAAUAUAAUCCUAAAAAAGGAUUAAUUUAUCCAGGAUGAAACUUCAGUAUAUCUUGAUAAAAUACUAAAUGUGUACAUAGUUUCUGUUACAUAUGUGUGAUUUAUUGCUAUGUUGAGUUGCCGACAUUGUUGAAUUGUUCUCCAUUCAGUUCCUUCCUGUAGCAGUCUUUUUUGUAGAGAACCAAUAUCUCUACUCGGAAUGAUAUUUCUGCAAACCUGUAAAUAGAGUUAAAUAAAUGUUAGGGGUGAGAUCUUUCUCCCUUCCUCUUA